CGGAAGUGGAACGUGUGGAGACGAGGGACACACACACAUCGCUACCUGCACCUCACGACCACACCAUACACCGCAGCCAUGGACGGGGUGGAGCAGCGCCUCGCCUCCCCCAUGACGUCAUCAGUGCCACUAGCUCCGCCCUGCCUCGAUCAGCCAGAAACUGCCUUUACUAAGGCCAACCAGGUAGGGACCGUCUCGCUGUACGGAGUGCCCAUUGUCUCUCUCAAUAUCGACAACUGUGAACGACUGUGUCUCGCCCAGAUCUCCAACACUCUACUCAAGGAGUUCAGCUACAACGAGAUCCACAACCGGCGGGUGGCCCUGGGCAUCACCUGCGUCCAGUGUACCCCCGUCCAGUUGGAGAUCCUCCGUCGGGCAGGUGCUAUGCCCAUCUCCUCCAGAAGGUGUGGGAUGAUCACCAAGAGGGAGGCGGAGAGGCUGUGUAAGUCCUUCCUCGGGGACAACUCGCCGCCAAAGCUACCAGAGAACUUUGCCUUCGACGUGAUGCAUGAGUGUGCCUGGGGCUGCCGCGGCUCCUUCGUCCCCUCCAGAUACAACUCGUCACGCGCCAAGUGCAUUAAGUGCCUGUACUGUGCCAUGUUCUUCAGCCCCAACAAGUUCGUAUUUCACUCCCAUCGACUGGCGGACAGCAAGUACGUGCAGCCGGAUGCCGCUAACUUCAACUCAUGGCGGCGGCACAUUCGGCUGUCCGGAGAGCCGCCAAUGGACGUACAACAUGCCUGGGAGGACGUUAAAGCCAUGUUCAACGGCGGCACCAGGAAGAGGCUUAUGGCGGCCACCAGCCAGCGCCGUGUCCUUCCCCAGGGCCCGGGCUCCCGCUUGUCUAAGUCCCCGAGACUCGACGCGCCGCUCACCAAGCCGCCAUCCUUCGCUCCGCCCGCCCUCAAGACAGUGGGCGGUGACUUAGCCUAUCCGCCGCCAUACCUAGCGCCGCUACCGCCGCCCUACCCCGCCCAUCAUAAGGACGCCCACCAGACCUUCGUAGACUACUUGUGGGGGUCCAGAGGAUCUUUACCCCCUCUGGGUCUGCCGUACCCCCUGGCAGCGUGGCCCAGACGACCCCUUCCAAGCUUUCCUCCUCUGCCACUUCCCGACCCCAGACCCGAUCCGAUCACCGAUCCCCGACCAGCCGAAACAGAGCCUCCCGCACUCCGACCGGCACACCUGUCAGCGUUCACGCCCGUGACGCGAGCAUCGCCCACGCCCACAAGCAGCGCGGGUGGUCGGGACUCAGGGGCGCCUCUACCGGACUCCAGCAGACAUUCGGACGACGAGACGGUGGACAUUGAGGCCACUGAUGACGACUCUGACCUCAAGACUGACGGCUACAAGAGCGACACCUACAAACACGACCUCUACAAAAGCGACAGCAUCAAACACGACAGCUACAAGCCCAGCACGACGAGGCACCCAAGUCUCGACCUCGACCAUUAUAAAAACGACACUUACAAGUCCGACGACCACAAGAACGACCAGGUCGACGACCAUGCCCCCGGGGAGGCGGAGGUGGAGGAGAGCGCCCGUUGCCUCUCCCGCCAGGAGGACCGGACACACCGGGAAGACCGUACACACAAGGAAGACCACGCCCACAUUACCCACGCCCACGGCAGAGUGAGCAGCCCAGUACCCAUCGCCAGCAGCAGCACCGGCCUGGAGGCGACCCGCCCACUGCUAGAGGUAUUAGUGAGAGUCUUAGUGAAGCAGUUGGGAGCCUAA